UUCUACACAGACAGCCCUUAUUAGAGUGCUACCUAAUACCGAAUUCGCGGUGUCUUACAGCACCGCCAAUGUGCAAUCGAUACAUCGAUAUGCGACAGAGCAACAGCUGUCUGCCGACACGUUUUUCGUUUGUUUACAAGUGGAAUAAAAUGAAGCCGAAAACACAACAACCUCAGGGAAAAACCAACAAAAAGCCAACGCCCAGCCAUGCCAAGACUACGCAGUGGCAGAAACCAAACUUUAAUCAGAAGAGCAAGCCGAAACUAAAAACAGAUAAGCCCAACAAGCCCGAUAUCCGCCAAAUGAUCCGUCAGCAGAAGGCGGCCAAAGCCGAGGCUGAGCGCCAACAGGUGCGAGCCGAGAAGGAUGCCCGCAUCAAAGCCUACAAGAAGCAGCGACUCGAGAAAACCAAGGCUAUCAGCAAGCGCACCCAGCGCGGCCAGCCUCUGAUGAAGGAUCGCAUGCAGCUGCUGCUUAAGCAGAUCGAGGAGAUGAAGCAACGGUGACACCUUGCUUCAUUACGCGCAUGACUGCAUAUCCACAUUGGCUAAGAUCGAACUCACUCGCAUGGGAUAUAAGUCGUAACUUAACUUAAGUCUAGCCUUAGCUUCUUAGCUUAGAGAUGCUCAGUGCACACAUACUCGCACUUUUCUAUGUUAGUCGAUCUAUGGAUGAUUACAUGCAAAUAAAUUUCUAUAAGCUCUUUCAAAGUUAAAGAUUUAUCGGAUAACGUAGCGCACUAUUACAAAUAAAGCUACUUUAGUAAGAUAUUGUAAAUAUUAACAUCGUUUGUAGUCGUGUAUAUUUUUCCAUCAUUAAAUUCGUUUAGUUUGUGAAAUAUA